CUACUCGGCUUGUAAACAUCAGCGCACCCGGAAUCAGGAGCAGCGUGGACAGGGAGCCCAGCUGAAGCUAAGAAUUUUACUUUCUGUUUUUCUUGAUUAUAUUUAUGUUUAAUUCUAAAAAUGGAGAACACGACAGAAGGGAGGUGGGACAGUUUACCGGUGAAACUGAAUCAGAGUAUUUUAGAGACGCUGGAGGAGCUUAAAUUCACUCACAUGACACCUGUACAGGUAACACAGAGGCUUUAAAGCUUAGUUUAGACAACACUCUUUUUUAAACUAUUAUUUUGCGCUUUUAUUCUGAUGUUUAUUUUCCAUUUCUUCCAGUCUGCUUGUAUCCCUUUGUUCAUGAGUAAUAAGGAUGUUGCAGCUGAAGCGGUGAGAGUUAAAAAGGCUGAAACUUUACUUCUUUAUAUUUUGUAUUAUCGAUUAUUUUAUUGAUCCAUAUUUCUAAUGAUUAUAACAUUGGACUUCAGGUGACUGGGAGCGGGAAGACUUUGGCUUUUGUCAUCCCAAUCAUUGAGCUGCUUCUGAAGAGAGAAGAGAAGCUGAAGAAGAUGCAGGUGAGGAGAGGGAGGAGGAGGAGGAGGAGGAGGACAGGUGUGGUUAAAUAAGAAAUGUCUAACUCGAGAUUUUAAACACCAAAUAUUGGAUCUUGAUUGUUCAUGAUGUCUGGAUAAAUUGUCGUAAAUUCGCCAUAAUAAGACAUGUUUGAUUGGAAAUGUGACUUCAGAGUCAGAGUCAGUUAUUUGCCAUUUGCAGAAAAAAAAAAAAAAAAACAUUUGUGAGAGGACAAUAAAGACAGACAAGGUAAGUUACAUAGAAACACAGAAUAAGGUGAGUUAAAAUUACAGUUAAAUUCAAGUAUAGAAGGACACUGCAAGUCAUAAUAGUAGUAAUAACAAUAAUAAUAAAUAACAAUGAUUAAGAUAAUAAUAGUAUAUAACCCUCUUAUUAUCCUCAAAUAUUACAAACACAUUUUACCCUUGGGGAUCAAUGUGACCCCAAGUAUAUUUGCCUCCAGAAAAUGACUUACAUGCAGUUGUUGACCAAGAUUGUUUGUCAGUCACUUUGUUUAUUUGUUGAGUACAUAAAUAAGCCCUCAAUAAUGAAACCUAUCAGUGAGUUGACCUGUUCUCUCGCGCCACAAGUAGGCCAAACUUCGCAUGAACUACCAAUGUUCUUGUGGGAAUACCCACCCUCCACAGCACAGGAAAUACAGUAUCAGUCCUCCUUUGACAUGUGUGAGUACAGUAGGUCGCUUGUAUACACACACACACACACACACACACACACACACACACACCUUCAUGCCCAUGGUUCCUCUAUUGACUUCAACAACAAGGUAGACGUGCUGCUAUGAGCGCGUCUCACCAGACUCACAGUCUGCCAUGUUGAAGACGUUCAUUAUUCAAGCUCUUCUUAUAUCCAUCAAUUGAAAAUAUUGUAUUUGAGAUGAUCUUUUUAGAGGUAUUUGUAGUUGGAAAGACUUGGGUGUGAUCAACUUACAAACCUACAGUAGCUUCCUCAUUUUGGCAGGAGCUCACACAUCAAAUUGUUUUCCACAUGUCCACACCAUGAGAUACACAAGAGAAGUAUCAAAGUUCUGGAGGGAAUAAUUGUUUUCCUCACCUCCCUGUUAUGUAUCAACUCAAAAGUAUCAAGUCUGCACCUUUAGGUAUGCGGAUGUUAGGUCACACACGCGGACAUCAUGAAAAUUUUAUGCUAAAUCAGUUGUCCCCAUCAAAUUAGGAAAAGUCAUGAAAUAUGAAGCAAAGAAACAAAAGUCAAUUAUUGUUUUUUAAAUGAUAAACAUUGAAUGGGGUCAAAUUGACCCCAAGGAUAAUAGGAUGGAUAAAAACUUCUAUUUGACCCUAAGUGCUCAGACAUGACAUGAAAUUAAGUAGAGCCCUGAGACUAGAGGUUAUUUAGGCUGCAUACAGCACAGGAAAAGAAACGAUCUGAAAAGCGGGAGGUAGAGCUUUUGAUUGAGCGUUACCGUCUACCGGAGGGGAGAAGAACAAAAAGGCUGGAGGCAGGUUUGACUGGUGUCACUCACUAUUUCUAAAGCCAGGAGCCUUGAGUUAUAAAGUGCAUCAAGUUUAGGCCGGUCAGUGCCAAUAAUUUUCUGAACCAGAUUGACUUUUCUGGUCAGAGAUUUUCGGUCCUGUACUGUUACUAAACCAAACUGUGGACAAAGAGGUAAGAAUACUUUUAAUGAUACACCUAGAAAAGUUAACUAAAAUCUGACAGGUAGAGGAGAACUCUUUCAUUUUAUGAAGGAAGAAAAGUCGUUGCAUGGAUUUCUUGACAAUGAUACUGGUGCUAAGGUGCCAGUUUAGAUUGUUUGUAAUAGUGACACCAAGAAAUUUGACGCUACUCACCAUCUCAACCUCUGUGUUGUUUAUAAUGAGAGGGCGAUGUGGUAGUUUUUUCCUACAAAAGUCGAUUAUAAUCUCCUUCGUUUUGGAGACAUUUGAAAUAUGACUUGUUUUAUUUCCUCCUGCAGGUCGGUGCUCUUGUGAUCACUCCCACCAGAGAGUUGGCUUUGCAGAUCAGCGAAGUCAUGGGGCAGUUCCUCCAGAAGUUUCCACAGUUUCAGUAAGAUCAGACUCAGAAGACGACAGAGUCUUCCUGUUUUUGUAACCUGUCAAAAAGUUCUUUAUUAAUUUUUGCUUCAAGUCCAGUUUUCUGAAUUCUUGUGGAGUUUUUACUCCUUUUCUCUCACUGCAUGAUCUGAGCUCUCAAACAGUUGUGAAGAAGAUUAAGUUUGUUGGCUCAAAGAGAAGGAAGAUAAUUUUAGUUUACAGUUAAAGGGAUAUUCCGGCGUAAAAUUAAUUUAGGGUCAAACACACUGCAACAGACAUCCCCUUAGGAGAUGAAUGUUGCCAGCCGCUUGCUUCUCUAGUUAUAACUUUAGUAACCACCUCAUAUAGCAAUACAGAGAGCCACGCACUCAACCAAAACGCCACUCUAUAGCCACAAAUAAUGCUCAGAACAGCACCUAACUUCAUCAACAGGACAUAUAGGGUCCCAGCCACAGUACUAGCCAACAAACAUCUUUUUAACUUUGACUAAUUUCUUUAGCAAAGAGACUAAAGACAACUCACCUACUCUCUUCCAGCAGCCGCUUGUUUGUAGCGAGACCUCGGGCCAGUCCAUUGCGGACUACAGAGGGCUGACGCAGCUCAAGGACGCGGUAGUUCUUCUGCCUUAGCGUCUCGGUCUGAUUGUAUUUCCAUAAAGUAAUGAUGAUAAAUGUUCUUCCUUGAGCUGUGUCACCCUGCUGUAGUCAAUGGACUCGCCUGGAGGUCUCGCUACAAACAAGCGGCUGCUGGAAGAGAGUAGGUGAGUUGUCUUUAGUCUCUUUGCUAAAGAAAUUAGUCAAAGUUAAAAAGAUGUUUGGUGGCUAGUACUGUGGCUGGGACCCUAUAUGUACUGUUGAUGAAGUUAGGUGCUGUUCUGAGCAUUAUUUGUGGCUAUAGAGUGGCGUUUUGGUUGAGCAUGUGGCUCUCUGUAUUGCUAUCUGCGCUUAUAACUAAAGUUGGUAUAACGAGACAAAAAAGCGGUGUGUCUAUCUCAGUGUUACAGUGUGUAAAUUAAUAUCCCUUUAAAUACUUUUUAUAUGUUCCCCCUCUGAUUAUCACAACUUAAACUAUCAGCUUUAUCAGCCAAUUAUGUUAAUCUUUUCAAUGUUGUCCUCCCCUAAUUCAACUGUUUUUUUAAUGUUUGUUUUCAGGCAGAUUUUACUGAUCGGAGGAACCAACCCGAUAGAGGACGUGGAGAAGUUCAAAGAGCACGGGUGUGUGUUAUUAAAAGUGAAGCUGUAGUACCUUAAACCCAGGAACUUUCAGUUCAGCCCAGAGUCCAAAAAGAGAAAAGGAUCACAGCGAGGCUCCAGAGUCUCUCAUGAUGUUUGUGCGUUUCAGGGCGAACAUCAUGAUCGCCACGCCGGGUCGUCUGGAGGACAUGUUCAGGAGGAAGUCUGAGGGUCUGGACUUGGCGAGCUCAGUCAGGUGUCUGGAUGUGCUGGUUCUGGAUGAAGCCGACAGAUUAUUGGACAUGGGGUUUGAAGCCAGGUACGGAAAUCAGCUCUCGUUAUCUGACUCUCUUUGAGAUCAUUUCUGACAGAGUGCGUGUUUGUGUGUGUUUGUGCCCCAGUCUGAACACCAUCCUCGGCUACCUGCCCAAACAGAGACGAACAGGUCUGUUUUCAGCCACGCAGACUCAGGAGCUGGAGAAGCUGGUGAGGGCGGGGCUUAGGAACCCUGUACGCAUCACCGUCAAGGAGAAAGGUGUGGCUGCCUCCUCCGUCCAGAAAACACCAUCCAGACUCUCCAACUACUACACCGUGAGUCAGAUUUCAGCCUGACACUUGUUCUGCGUUUAAGAGACGUAAAAAAUUUUGACUUUUAACACAAGACAGAUGUUUGAUUCCAGAUCUGUAGGGCUGAAGACAAAUUCAACAAUCUGGUGGCAUUUUUACGACAACACAAGCAUGAGAAGCAGCUGGUCUUCUUCAGGUACCUUCAACAAUAACGAAACAGCAGAUAUGAAAGUAUGAAAGUAAAUAUGUGUUUUUGAGAAGCAUGACACAAUAUUUUUUCAUAAGUCCCUUUCACUCAUGCGCCACACUUUGGAAAAUUUUCUAGACUUUUUCUUGCCAGCCUUCUUGUAAAAAGUGUCACCUCUUUCACACAUUUACUCCUGAAAAUUCACAGAAAUAUCCUCCAAAUUUUUCCAGAGUUGCUUGUUCACAUUCUCCACACCGCAUUCAGACUUAAACUAUCACGAGUCCUACUGUAAAAGUCUAGAAAAUGUCAGUCGUUUGUUUCUCCCGAAGUUAACGGGAAUGAACUGUUCCUUUUUUUCAUCUUCAGUACGUGUGCAUGUGUGGAGUACUACGGCCGAGCUCUGGAGACUCUGAUCAAGAAGGUCUCGGUCCACUGUAUCCACGGCAAGAUGAAAAACAAACGCAACAAGAUCUUUGCCGAUUUUCGUGCCCUGAAGAGGUUUGAUCUGCUGUUUUUGGAGGAUGAAACUGGUUGCUUUGAAAUGUUCGUUGUGUCAUUUUCCCUCUUUUUAUCACGUCGCAGCGGGAUCUUGGUGUGCACAGACGUGAUGGCCAGAGGAAUAGAUAUCCCUGAUGUGAACUGGGUGCUGCAGUACGACCCUCCCAGCAGUGCCAGGUCAGUGAAGAUAAAUGUAGGAGGCACAUUUUAGUCAUGGGGGACUAUUUUUUGAGGCGCAUUGAUCCAUAUUUUUGGAUAGAGGGAGCAGAAUUGGUUCUAUAAUGUCUCACCUGAUGCUAAAACGGAGCCGUGAUCCUUUAACCCUGAUUUAUAAAACCUUUUAGCUUUAUUUAAGUUUUGUGUUUCCAUUCUGUCUCAGUGCAUUUGUACAUCGCUGUGGGCGAACAGCGCGCAUCGGCAAUCAGGGAAACGCCCUCGUCUUUCUGCUGCCGAUGGAGGAAUCUUAUGUCAACUUUCUUUCCAUCAACCAGAAAGUGAGUCUUUCCUUCUUUAAAACCAGUCACAAGUUGGAGUUUAAUCAUAGAUGGAUAUAAGACAUAGAUAUACACCACUUAGAGUUUCAGUUUUGUCAUGGUGUGAAUUUGCACUCAGCAGCACCGGGGCUCAAAUGUGCACGUACUCCUUUUUCUGAGUUUGCACAGGUUUAGUGUGCAAAAGUUACACAGUCCUUUUGUAACUCAGCCUGACAGUCUGCUGAUAGAGAGAAUUCAGCUUUGGAGCUUUACUUUCAGACUCGUAUGUAAUGUCUAGUUUCUGUUUAUUUGUCUGAACCUCAGCUGGUUGUCUCGCCCUCUUUCACAUAACUUGUAUUAUUUUUUAUUCCAGUGCCCACUGCAGCUGAUGCCCCCUAUAGCUGACGUUGUGGACGUGCUGCCCAAAGUGCAGGCCAUGUCUCUGGCUGAUCGUGCCAUGUUCGACAGGAGCAUGAGAGCCUUCGUCUCGUACGUCCAGGCCUACGCCAAACACGAGUGCAGCCUCAUCUUCAGACUCAAAGGUGAAAAAACCUCAGCCAGGAUUCAGUUUGAUCAAUUUCAAAAUAUGUCCACAGUUUAAUUUUACUUUUUUCAAAAUCAGGACCAACUCUUUUCAUAAAGCACAAACAUGUCCUCUUAUGCGAAUGUCUGUCCUGUAUAGAUCUGAAUUUUGCUGCCGCAGCCCGAGGCUUUGCGCUCCUCCGCCUACCGAAGAUGCCUGAACUGAGGGGGAAAAAUUUCCCUGAUUUCGUUGGGACAACUGUGGACACAGAGACGAUCCGCUACAAGGACAAGAACCGUGAGAAACAGAGGCAGAAGAUGCUCGCUGAGCUGAAAGACAAAGAGAAGACUCCACUUCCUAAAAGAAACUUCAUCAAGAACAAAUCCUGGUCCAAACAGAAGAGCAAGAAGGAGCGCAGGAGGAAGAACGCAGCCAAGAGGAAACACAACGAGGUAUUUCCUCUCCACUUACCACUGAAUUUAUCUUUGAUUUUAGGCCUGUGCUGGACCUUUAAUCCUGUCAGUCUGGUCUAUAAACUCAGAGUAUAAGAGGUCUGGAUUUAUUCAUCACUUUUUAAAAAAAAUCUUUUCUGUCUGCAGGAAUCUGACGAGGAGGACGAAGACUUAUCGGAGCUUUUGAACGACACUCGCCUCCUAAAGAAACUAAAGAAAGGACGAAUCACAGAGGAGGACUUUGAGAAACAGAUCACAAGCGGACCGGAGUCCAAACACAAAACAGAAGCAACUCCACUCGACGGCUCGGAGGAUGAGGAAGUUUGAAAACGUCUAAAAGUCAAAUAAACUCACAACAGAUCUUUGAAAGUGUUUGAACUUUUGAUGUUUUUAUUGAGAGUUUUGAGGCACGGUUAGUUUUUAUAAAUAAAGCUUGAUGAGUUCGUCACUGACGGCUGACGGUGUGAGGACUCCCAGGUCAGUGAAGAGAAGGGUGAUGAGGGAGGGAGGCGUGUAGUCGAUCAUGGGGUGCUCCUCUGAGAGGUUCUGAACAGUCUUCAGAGUGUCUGCUUUAUACUGCAGAUAAGAAAGAAAAGAUCUGUUAAAAACACAUACUUCAAAAAUGUAGAAAUUCAGAUUUUUGGACCCCAAAUUUUCUGGUAUUGUACCUUAAAUUUGUCUGGCACGUCCUGCUGGUUGAGCGGAUAAAGACGGACGAACUUGAAACUCUCUGCCACCACAUAGAAUGGUUUGUUGUGAGCUUUGGAGCACACAGCCGUCUGAUAUGUACCAAUCUGUGAGAGAGAAAGGAGACAUAUUUAGAUCUGUUUUAUUUUUGAUAGUAGAAGGCGAAAGAAAGUAUGAACUUGGGUAGAAUUUUACUGUUUUUCUUUUCUUUUUUUCUUGUAUAAAUAAGAAAAACUGACUGUAGAGAAAAGUGUUUUUGCAAAGUGCAAAAUCCUCAGAAGAAAAAAAAAGACAUUUUGUGUCACUUUUGAGUCAAAAAGUCUCAUUUUCUAAUAAUAAAUGCAACAAAUUUGUCUUGUGAUUUUGACAUUCACCUUGUUGAUGAUUCCUCCGCUCUCUACGACUCCUUCUGCUCCAACAAUCACCAAAUCUACUUUUUCCAGCACGUACCUGAGACAAAAAAGAACCAAAAUAUCAUAAUAAAGAUAAGUGCUCAUA